GUUAAAAUCUCCAACUCGUCGCCAUGACAACUGGAAUCUUCAGUUCUACAGUGGAAUAUGACAAUUCAACAAUACCGGAAACAGAAGAACCAGAGGUCUGGUCAAUGCCUUUUGCUGCAACGAUUGUCACUGUCGUCUACUUAGCUCUCAACGCGAUAGUCGGGUUGUCGGCAAACUGUCUACUUAUCAUUAUCAUCAACCAUUCACCGACGCUGAAAACGCCGGCAAACAGUCAUUUGAUUAAUAUAUGUGCCAACAAUCUUGUUUUGUGUAUGUGCAUGGUGCUGUCUUUGCUGUCGAUAUUGUUGCCAAUGGAUUUAAGAAAUAAGAUAAAUAUUCUUACAGGAUUUCACGUGUUUCUAAUAUCAAACUGUUUGUUUCAGUACUGGGGAACUUUUGCGUCAAUUGGAUACUACAGAUCGAAAAUAAUCAAAAGCCCUUCUUUGUCAAUUAGAAGGCGACGCCAGAUUAUUACACGGUGUCUCGCGACGUCAUGGGCAACGUCGUUACUUGUGAGUCUCAUGGUGUGUCUUUCUCACAUAGAACAUGACGUAUUUGCUUGUAUGACCCUUAACCCAUUUCAGAAAGAAUUCUUGAUAUGCGGAAACGAACGGAAGUAUUCCGCUCAAAGACUUGGUAUUGUUGUAAUAAGUAUACUAGUUUUCUUCAUCAUGUUGGUAAUAAUUGUGACGUCAUACCAAAAAGUUUUUAAAGCGCUUAAUAAAGGAAACCCUUUAGGUAAAAACAGAAUAGCGCCUGUCUCAAGGUCAAUCAGUCUGCCGUCAGAAGUGACAGACGAUACCUCUGCCAAUCCCCAAUCAAAUCAAGUCUGUGGAAUACAAAAUGGACAGUCGGACAAAGCUGUAUAUACAAUAUCAAGAAAGGAUAUAAAGACAGAAAGUGACAUUGUUGUACAUUAUCAGCGAAAUGACAGUAUCACCAUGCUAACAUUUGAGGACAUAAUUGCCCUGGAAAACCCUAUUCUAGCAACGCACAUGCGCAGACAGAUACUUCAAAGACGCCCAUUGCAGUUGACGCGAAGCACAGCAAGUAACAAUUCAGUGAAAUUUAAAGGUCAAGAUUUCACUGACAUAUCUGCAAGUGCUGACUUACAAAGAUUUCAAAAUUUCAAGAAUAAUUCCGCUUUAAGGAACUACUUUCUUCGAAGAGAUCGUGCAGGCUUUAACAGUGCAACAAGGAACAGUCUAGUGAUGUUGGCGUCAUUUGUAGUCUGUUCCCUGCCAAUGUUCGUCUGCACAAUACCGCACGUGCUCUCUCAAACCAAAGAAAGCCAUAGGGUACUGAUUUUAUUAUUUACGAAACUGGCAUUCUAUCUGAAUGCUCCAAUCUACCCACUCUGGUAUCUCGUACAAAAUAAGCGCGUUCGCAAAUGUUUGUUCAGAGUGUUUGAUUCCAUUUGUUUGAAAUUGGACAUGAAGCACUAG